AUGUCAGUGUUCACGUGGCCAGACAUCUCUCACCUCUCCGUCUCAAGGCCGGAGCUUAUCAAUGUUCUGAGGCAGAUGGGCCAGUAUGUCAAGUGGCCUCAGAAGAUGAAAGCCCCAGACUCUUUGCGGAACCCUGGCUUCUGGUGCGACUUCCACCGAGACCACGGUCACAAAAAGGAGGACUGCAUCGCACUAAAGAUCAAGGUCAACGAGCUGCUUAAGAAAGGGCACCUCAGGGAGUUCCUUUCCGAGAAGGCCAAGAGCCAUCUAAGCAAGGAGACAACGGGUAAGCCCACUGAAGCUGCUCCCGUCUCGCCACCGCGACAGGACCGAGUGAUCCAUGUCAUCUCGGGCGGUUUGGAAAUCUGCGGAAUAAGCCAUGCAGCCGUGACGAAAAGCACCUGGAACGCCAAGCACGGCCUAGAGGCAGCCAAGCCAAAACGCCUGCUCCUAGGGACGGACGAAAUAAGUUUCAUGGCCAAGGGGCAGAAGAAAGUCCUCACUCCUCACUACGACUCCCUGGUUAUCUCCGCUCACUGUAGCGAACUGCCUGGUAAAAAGGAUACUGGUAGAUAA